UUUGAUUUUAAAAAUAAUAUGUGAUAUUCCAAAAAAGAAUACAGAAGAUUUUGCCGAGAAAAUAAAUUAAAUGCCAUUCUUACGAUUUGAACGUUUAAAAGAAUAAAUUUAUUCCUCUGAAAUUCCGUUUUGGACAGAUUUAAAACAAGAGAAAAAUCAUUGUAAAGGAAAGAGGAGACUUAUUAAAUAUUCUAUCCAAUAUCGGAUUAUAAUCGAAUUCAUUUUCCUCUAAAUUUCUCAAUAUCGAAAAAAAAUAAAAUUUGCGACAUUUAACUUAACAACCGCUCAAUGGGCGAAUCUAGCGAGGACUGGUUAGAUAAACAAAAACGAAAAUUGCAAGAACUCAAAGACGCUUCAACGAACGGACAUAACGGCGGUUACCUUACCUCCUCUACGACCUACAAAAAUAUAGGAGGGAAUAAAGGACGGGACUCGCGCCGUUUAGUGGAAGAGCUCAAAACUAAGCAACAUACCUGGAAACAGGAAAAAACCGAGAAAACUACCGAAAGGGUCGACGAUGAUACAAGUCAGGAACAGCACUCGAGAACCCCAGAAAUUCGUAGGGUUUACAGGAUCAGGGGAUCUCCUACGAGACAACCACCGCAAGAAAGAGAGACUCAGCGGCGAAGAGAAGUUGAAUAUGAGUCCAAAACUAGACACGAAUCCGAUGACAGUUCUCGAGGAGGGGGAGGCGUCACUCUCCACCCCAUUCAAAUCAGCACCCUGAGAGAGGACGGCGGUUCUAAUAGCACAUUCAAGGAGGCCAAGUAUUUCAGCGAAACAAAGCGCGUAGAGACAGUGCAAGACGGUUCCGGAGGGGGUUACAGGAAGAUGACCACAAGCACUUCCGGCCGACCUAUCAAUGGCUGGAGGGAGAGUGGGUUAAGCGAUUACAGUACUUCUCGGUCCCAGGGUUACAAUACGCUCACCUCCGAGGAAGACUUUUACGAUAACGAUUCGCGUUGCCAUACCUUUAGAGAAGGGGACACAUCUGGUGGUCGUCUCAGGAGCAAAUCUUUUGCAGCCGACCUAGAUCAUUACAAUAAAUAUAAUAAUAACCUAGAGACAUCCAUUUUCCGCCGCGCGGGUACAGGUCAUGAGUACAGCGCUGGUGAUGUUCGUCCCAGCGGAACCGCCGCCGAAGUAUUUAGGGAAGCAGCUAGGCACUUAGCCCCCGACGGGGAAGUCGUAUACACUUCUAGACGCUACGACACGCGACGGCAAAAUAAAGAGCUGGUUAUUCCGCCAAGAGUUCCAUCUCCCGUACAUAUAGCUCAUCAUCAUCAUCACCAUGGCUACGAUGGCGGGGACGGAGAUAUACUGGUGACCGAAACCUACAAACGUACUAGGGAGGUAAGAACGGAUGGGGCAGAUGGGGGAACUAGCGUAGUUCAAGUACAACAUAGUGCCCCUCCCCCAUUACCGAUAAUGCAAGACUUUGGGCGAGGCCAAGAGGAAUAUGGUUACAAAAGGCGCGUUUAUGAGUCCGAAUUACUUCCCCCAGCAACCGCAACAUCUAUCAUACCGGUACGCCAAGAGUUCAAUACUCAACAACGGUCCCACUCGGCGGCGAGUCAUUUAGACGAUAGAUUUGUACCAGUACAUAAUCAAGACGCGCCUCGCACUCUUUAUUAUCGCAAAACGACUUCCUACGAGGAUGACGACCAGGUACCCACACGACAUUCGUCUUACAAUAAUCAACAACGCAUUCAAUCCCACCAGUCACAACAGCAGCAGCAACAACAAGAGCAACAACGUAGCCAUCAACAACUGCAAAGUCAGCAGCAGCAUAGAGAAGAAUUUAGAUACAACACGGCAUCGGAUCAACGAUAUAAUCAGGACGGAUUUAACAAAUACGAUCGUAGCGGUGGAGGUCAGCCACAUUUUGAUUCGCGACAUCAUACCGAUCGUUAUAACGAUCGCAACGAAAAUUAUUACACCACCAAUUCGGCCUCAUCCUACGAUUCCUACCCUUCCACGCAAAACAGAGCUUACACAAAUUAUAGAUCGCCUCCCUCGAGGAGGGAAAUUGAAGAGCUGGAAAUGUUUAUGAAAGAUUUUGGGGGCGUUAAAUAAUUAUUUUUUUAAAAAAAAUUUUCUCCGAAUAAUUUGGUCAAAAGUAACCCAAGAAAGUCAUAAAAUUUUAAUUAAGCUGCUUAUUUAUUUUUUUUAUUUUAUUAGUUCGCUAAAACAUACCUUUUUUUUUUAUUUAUUCGAUUCGAUUCGGUUUUUUUUAUUUGUGUAAAUUAUUAGCCAAUCAAAAACGAUUAUGAAAACGAAUAAUUCAUUAUUCGUAUUAGAUUCUCUUGAGCGAAUCGAAUAAUUAACUAUUCGUACUCAUACCGAUCGAAAAUAAAAAAAAUUUUAUUCGAUUAAGUUUAGUUUUGUAUAAUGUUUAUAAACGGAUAAAACGAUCCCUAAAUUCAUUGAAUUUCAAGUCAUUAUUUCUUUCUUCCCCCAUUUUAAAAUAUUUAUUUUAUUAUUUAUUUUUUUAGCGACAAAAUAAUAUUUAUUAAUUUUAAAAAAAAUUCCGGUAAAAAAAAAAUUGUAAGAUAUUUCACUUCCUAAUCCCGCGUAUAAUAAAUUAAUAAACUUAAUAUUUUAAAUUUUUUUUUAUAUUUAUUCCAUUUUCAUUUUAUUUUUUUUUUAAAAAAAUCUAUAUUACAAAUUUUAUUUUUUCAACCAUUAAACAAAAAAAACCCCCCUCAUGUUUGCAGUGUCAUAAUUUUUAUAUUUCCCUUUUUAAAUUAUAAAAAAAUUUCUGAAAAAAAACCUCUUUUUUAAUUAUAAUAAAUAAUUAUUAUUAAAAUUAUAAACAAAUUUAAGGUGUCAUUUUUCAAAUAAUAAUAAAAAAAGGAAAUUUACCUUUAUUUAUAUUUUA